CAAAGGGAUGGCAGAGAGGAAGCCUUUCACCCUGAGCGCAGGAGGGAUACGCGCGAUUCACCGGACAGUCCAUGGCGCCCUUCUAGCCGUACGGAUACAAGAGGCGCACCACCGGCACGGGAGCAACUCAGCAGAGACGAACCCAGGUUUGUUCCGUCUGGAGGGAGAAGCACGACCGAGACUGUGAACAAAACAGUGCGUGGACCAGACUCGUUUCCCUACACCACGGCGGCGUCGGAAUUCAUCUACGGACACUCGAGCGUCCUCGCCGCUAUCAAGGCCAACCGACGCAAAUUCUACAAACUCUAUGUGCACUCGCGGGGAGCAAGCAGAGACGGACUCAUGGCGCAAAUUCGAGCACACAAGCUUUUCCCCCUGAUGCAAGAAGUAGGGGACGAGUACCUGCGGGCAAUGGACAAGGCGAGCAGCGGACGUCCGCACAACGGGGUGAUUUUGGAAUCGUCACCGCUGCCUGUGCCGCCGAUUACAGAGCUCAAGACGGCAUCGAUACAGGAUCAAACGUUUAGACUGGCGCUGGGAAGCCAAAGCGCAGAGGAUCUGCAGGUCAAUGGCAGGCAGGAGGUGUACUCGUACAAGUCGGAUGGCUGGAGACACCCCCUGAUCCUCUAUGUUGAUGGCGUUGUCGACGAGGGCAAUCUUGGAGCCAUUGCGCGGUCAGCGUACGUGCUAGGGGCCGAUGCCAUUGUGACGCCGACGCACCACACGGCAAACUGGAGUCAAAUUGCGGUCAAGGCGUCGGCCGGGGCCGCAGAGGCGCUGCCGGUCUUCAGGGUAAGCGAGCCCAACGAUUUCCUGGGCAAGAGCUCGCGAGCAGGCUGGCGCAUCUACGCGAGCGAUGCAGUGCCCCGCGCGGCCACGACGCGGCUUUCUCCGGACCACAGCCCGGUGGCGGAGCAUCCUACGAUACUCAUGAUGGGCGCCGAAGGGACCGGACUGCGCAAUAGCUUGUUGAAUCUCGCGCAUUACAAGGUGGGCAUCCCGCAUGGACGAGGGGCGGGCGAGGUGGGCGUCGACAGUCUGAACGUCAGCGUUGCGGCCUCUAUCCUCUGCUACGAGAUGCUGCAGAGGCCCCAGGAGCAGGCCAAGCGACAUGCACACGACGCCCUCUUCUAA